AUGCACUGCUCGCUGUGGCUUGCACUCACAUUCUCUCUGGGUGCCUUUGCCAGGCCUCGGGGGGUGUCGCCCGGGUGCGCCGAGGUGGCCAUUCCUAUCCCCGUCGCCGUGCCGCGGUAUAUCAUCAACGCGACAGUCCAGACCGACUGGGAUGCAGUGGCCCUAACCCUGAACCUGACCCGACGCGACUCGGGCACUGUCACCGACCCGUUGCCAGUUGCCGGCUCCACGACAGCUGCCGUGGCCAAUAACUUCACGGUCGCAGCCACGCUCUGCCAAGGACCGCCCGGAGCUCCGGUCCUCGUGUUGACGCAUGGAAUAAUCGAGUCGAAGCUAUACUGGCGCCCUAACUUUACCGACGCGGAUGCGUACAGCUUCGUGGAUGCUGCCCUUAAAGCGGGAUACUCGGUGCUCAGCUAUGAUCGGAUUGGUGUGGGCGCGUCGUCCAAGGUCAACUCGUUGUUCGACGCCCAGUUCCAGGUCGAAACGGCAGUGCUCAACUCGCUCACCGAGUACGCCCGACAAGCCACAAAGGCUUCGAGAGUGGCCCUCGUUGGGCACAGCUACGGCGCAUAUUUGACGGCGGCAUCCGCCAGCCAAAUGGCCGUGGAUGCCGUGGUUCUCACCGGCUUCAGCGGCACCUUUACCUAUUUUGGGCCCUUUCUGGCGGGAGCUGGCCUGAGGGUUGCGCGCCAUCACAAUCCUGCCCGCUGGGGAAUGUUGGAUUCGGGCUAUCUCACCUCGUCGGAUCUAUUCGCGGAAACCUACGUCUAUUUUGCCGAACCGUACUUUGAGCACCGCGUGGCCGAGUGGGCUUUUACCACCGAAAGCGAGCCAUUCGCCGUGGGCGAAUUGCCGUCCCUGUUGGAGACGACAAUCGAAUAUGGCAAUAUCACCGCCCCCGUGCUCGUAUUGCAGGGCCAAUUCGACGUGUCAGCCUGUGGGGGCAACUGCGUCGGCCUGCUGAACAGCACCAAGGCCUUGUUUACAGCUGCCAAGACGGUCGAGACGGUGGACAAUCUGCCGGCUGGGCACAACUUGAACCUCCACAAAGUCGCCCCGCAAGCAUUUGACCGGAUCUUCCGCUUCCUUCGCGCUCAGGGCGUCUGA